AUGAAGAACUCAACGGAAAAUCUCUCAGAGUCCUCCGGAGCUGUUGCUCCGGUUGAUCGGAUCAGCAAUUUACCGGAUUCGAUACUUUUCCAUAUCUUUUCCUUUCUCACUACCGAUUCUGUUGUGGCGACUAGCGCUUUAUCUAAGAGGUGGAAGAGAAGGCAGAUGAACUUCGUGGAGUUCGUUAACAAAGUUCUGAUUGAACUUGAUUCGAGACGCUUGGAGGUAUUUCGUCUCCAAGGGGCCGGACUGGGAGUUACGAAAUGGAUCGAAGCUUGGAGUGAUGGAACCCUGGAAAUAGAUGCGCCUGCCCUGGAAUCCCUCGAGUUAUCUCAUCUCAAAUUGAAAGAAAUCUCGGUAAAGAAGCCAACUUGUUUGAAUGUUGCGAAGCUUGGUUUUCAUGGGUAUCCUAAUGGUGAAGAACUUUUUACUAAAUGGUGCAAUUGGAUGGUGAAGUUGGUUGAAGUUGUCAACCAUAUUAACCCAUCUGGAAAUCAGAGAUGUGGAUAUUUUCAUUGGACUUCAGUGAGUGUUAUGCUUGACUCCUCAAUCAAUCUGAAAGUCCUAAAAUUUGAAAAGCUUCAAUGGGGUGGGACUGUUCCCCAGGAAGGUUGGGUGAACCCUAAAAACAUUCCUAAAUGUUUGUCAUCCAGUCUCGAAGAACUUUCAUUCGUUGGAUUCAGCGGCCAUCAUGAAGAUGAGAUGACAGUGAUAAGGUAUGUCCUUGAGCACGGUGAUGUGAUGAGAAGAAUUGAACUCGAGUCUGCUGAUAAAUGCAUCGAGUCCUGUCACGAAUGCCCCGAGCAAAAGAUAAUAUUGUUAGGAAAGAUACUAAUGUUUCCUAGAUCUUCCCGAACUUGUGCAGUCCAAUUUGAUUCAGUCCAAUUUCAUGCAUCUCCUUACAAUUCUUAG